AUGAAAGCAAUCUACUUCCUUGUUAGUUUGUUGGCUUUGGCAUCCUCUUUUGCAUCAGUCUAUGAUCCCAAUCCACUGCAAGAUUUCUGUGUGGCUCUCAAUGACACCCAAAAUGCUGUAUUUGUGAAUGGAAACAUUUGCAAAGACCCUAAAGUUGUAUUAGCUGAAGAUUUUUUCAAGCAUGUAGAUCCUGGGAAUGUUGUCAACAAACUUGGCUCAAACGUGACUCCUGUUAGUGUUAACGAACUACCCGGACUUAACACACUCGGCAUAUCACUUGCUCGCCUAGAUUUUGCACCUAAGGGUUUAAUCCCUCCUCACACUCACCCUCGAGCCAUAGAGAUUUUUACUAUUGUUGAAGGCACUCUCUUUGUUGGAUUUGUCACUUCCAAUCAAAACAACACCAACUGUCUUUUUACUAUAGUGCGCAACAAAGGUGAUGUGUUUAUGUUCCCAAUUGGUCUCAUUCAUUUCCAACUGAACGUGGGUUAUGGCAACGCUGUUGCUAUUUCUAGUCUUAGCAGUCAGAAUCCAGGUGUUAUCACAGUUGUAAAUGCUGUUUUCCACCUAUUUCUCCUGAAGUUUUGA